UAAAACACCUAUCCGUUUGUUUUAUCCCUCCCUCACCACUCGCCGUCUCUCUCUCUCUCUCUCUUUUCCUUAUCAUCAAACUUGCUAAGCUACGAUCACCGUCUUUAAAGAUGUCCGAGGGAUCAGUAGAAUCAAAAUCAAAGGUGGAUUCUGCCGGAGAGUUAUCAGAUGUUGACAACGAGAACUGCAGUAGCAGUGGAAGCGGCGGCGGUGGAAGUAGUGGCGAGACGAAGAGAACUUGCGUUGAUUGCGGAACACUCCGAACUCCUCUCUGGCGCGGUGGCCCUGCUGGUCCUAAGUCGCUGUGCAAUGCUUGUGGGAUCAAGAGCAGGAAGAAGAGGCAAGCGGCUCUUGGAAUCAAACCAGAGGAGAAGAAGAGAAACAGAAAAAGCAAUAGCAGCAGUGAUAGUGAUCUAAGCUUUGAUGAUCAUAGAGACGCUAAGAAGAAGACCAACAAAGGUGGUGAUGAUUCCAGCAGCAGCAAGCGUGCUAGUAAUAGUAGCAGCAGCGAAGGAGUGAGUAAGUAUUUGGAUUUGGGGUUCAAAGUUCCGGUGAUGAAGCGAUCGGCGGUUGAGAAGAAGAGGCUAUGGAAGAAACUCGGCGAGGAAGAAAGAGCCGCCGUGCUUCUCAUGGCGCUCUCUUGUGGCUCUGUUUUUUCAUAAACCAAGUAGAAAAAGCUUCUUUUUUUUUUUUUGGAAUAAUCAAUGAAGAGUCUGAUUAAUUAAUUUAACUAGGUAGCGAGAGAUAAGUAGUAUGUGUAAUAGUUAGUGAUGUCGUCUUUUUGGUUCCCACUAAUGUUGAAAGCAGUUCAAAUUUUUAAUUAACUGAAAGGUGUUUUGAAUUUUAAA